AGUCAAUAAAUAAAUGAUAUUUUUUACGAUACAUUUACCGUAUUUGAGCCUGAUAUCACUUUUGUUUUAGUGACAUCUCUUUGCAGAUUUUGAGCAACCGUUGGUUGAUGUGAACAAAUAAACGUUUUUAUCGAGCAAGCAGUCUACUUAUAGUCGAAAAACAAGUGUUCCCUUCACGGUAUUUGAUUCAGCACAUGGUGAUUACAUGUGUUACUAUUGAUUGUUAUUUGAAAGGGUUUCCAAAGAUACUCACAGAUGGUAGCGGGUCAAUCCUUCAUGUACUGAGCAAGCGCAAAUCAUGGCAGUUUGGUAUAAUCACAAAGAAACGAUUCAGUUAAACGAUAAUUUUCGUUUCGUGAACUGCAAUGAAUGUUAACAAAGAUUUAAAUUACGUGUUUGCGCUAAGUCACCAAUGUUUACGGAUUUUUGGCGUAUGGCCUGAUCCAUUUGUCCCUUUGAAUUACAUCCGUUGGCCAAAUAUAAGAUUUAUAAUCGUUAUGUGUACUUUGUUCUUUUACGUGAUUAUACCACAAACAACUAAUAUUAUUCUUGCCUGGGGUAACGUAAUUCGAAUGGUGGAAAGUCUCUCCUCUGCAAACUUCAGUUUGAUGGCAUUAUGCAAGUUAGGCUGUACUUGGUAUCAUGGUAAAACUCUCCGAACAUUGAUGAUAUCGAUCAUGACGGAUUGGAUGACUUCGAAGAACCAUGAACGAAAUACGAUGUUGAAUAUCGCGAGACGUGGUAGAAGCUUAUCUAUUAAAUGUUAUAUGGCUUCAAUGUGUACACUUUCGUUUUAUUUAUUUCUAAACCUCAUGAAGUUUUAUCGAAGUAUGCACGAACCUCAACGGAAUCUCGUGUAUCAUUUUUCCUAUCCUUACAACAUUCAAAAAAGCCCAAAUUACGAAAUCACUUAUUUUAUUCAACUAUUCGGCGGUAUAUACUCAGCCAUGAUCAUGAGUACUAUCGAUAGUUUCAUCUCAAUACUCUUGUUGCACAUAUGUGCGCAGUUGAUAAAUCUACGAAUGGCACUCAAAAAUCUAGUUGAUGAGCUAGCCAAAGAAUUUAUAUCCUCUUCCGAAUUUAAGAAAGGUCUAGCUGCGAUCGUUGUACGCCACGAACAUCUUAUCAGGAAUGCAAGUACAGUGAACGACUGCUAUAGCGCAGUGUUACUUUUGUAUAUGUUAGCUAUUACCUUUCAACUGUGCUUUGAAACCUUUCAAAUAUGUUAUUUUCAGAUAAUAACAAAUAAUUUGAACGUGUCUGUUAUUAAAAUAUGUUAUCUUUCUCUUUACGCUAUUGUUGUAUUGAUGCAUUUGUAUAUGUAUUGUUACUCCGCUGAAAAGCUCUUAAUGGAGAGCACCAAUAUGGCAUGGGCUGCGUAUGAAUGCAACUGGUAUAAUAUAUCGUCCAAAGAUAUAUCGUGUGAUAAUAUAUCGGCAAAGGAUUUAAUAUUUAUCACACAUCGAUCUAUAAUUCCGCUGAAACUAACGGCUGGAAAAUUCGGAAUCUUUUCGAUAGAAAUGUUCGGAACAACGGUGAAAACAUCAAUGGGAUAUGUAUCGGCAUUAUUAACACUCAUGGAUUAUUUGAAUUACAUGUUUUCCUUAACUGGCCAAUGGCUAUGGGUAUUUGGCAUAUGGCCCGAUCCGCACAUCUCUUUAAGUGACUUUCGUCGGCCGUGCAUAAGAUUUGUUAUUGUUACGUGUACCAUAAGUCUAUAUGUAUUCGGGCCGCAAAUGCUGAAUGUGAUUCGUGCUUGGGGUGAUGUGACUCGAAUGGCGGAAAAUUUUGUCUCCGCAAACUUGAGCUUGUUGGCUGCGUGCAAAUUAUUCAUUACCUGGUAUCACGGCGAAACACUUCGAUCGCUGAUGGCAUCAAUUUUGGCCGAUUGGAUAACUUCAAAGGGCAACUGGGAACGAGCCACCAUGUUGAAGAUCGCAAGACGUGGCAGAAGCUUAUCUUUUAGAUGUUGCGUGGCCGCGAUGGGUACAAUUACGUUUUACCUCUCUUUCCAUCUUACAAGAUUCUUUAAAAAUAUACACCAGCCUCAUCGGCACCUCGUCUAUCGGUUUGAAAACAUCCAGAAUAGUCCGAAUUACGAAAUCACUUAUAUUAUUCAACUUUCCGGCGGCAUGUACUCGGUUCUCGCUAACUACGUUGUCGACAGCUUUGUCUCGAUACUCGUGCUACAUGUGUGCGCACAACUGAUAAAUCUACGAACGGCACUCAAUAACCUGAUCAACGAAUUAGCCAACAAAUCUAUAUCUUCCUCGAGAUUUAGAAAAGGCUUGGCCGGGAUCGUUAUACGACAUGAGCAUCUCAUCAGGAACGCAAAGACAAUCGACGGCUGCUACAGCAUAGUGUUAUUUAUACACAUAUUAGUCGCGACUCUUCAGAUGUGUUUUAUAACUUUUCAAGUUUUUACGAUAAUAACAGAUAAUAUGCAUGUGCCCAUUAUAAGAAUGAUUUUUCUCUCAUUUUAUAUCUCCCUUGUUUUGACGAACUUAUAUGCAUAUUGCUACGCAGCUGAAAGACUCAUAUUGGAGAGCACCAAAAUGAUGUAUGGCGUAUUUGAAUGCAAGUGGUACGAACUACCAGCGAAAGACGCGAAGGAUUUAAUGUUUAUUAUAUAUCGAUCUACGAUUCCUCUUCGAUUGACGGCUGGGAAAUUUGGAAUUUUUUCAUUGGAAUUAUUUGGAAAAGCAUUAAAAACAUCAAUGGGAUACUUAUCUGCUUUACUAACGAUAAGAGAUUAAAGAAAAAUAAAACUGAGGAAAUAAUAUAAAAUGAAAUGAAUUUAAUAUAAGUGAUUACAUUAAUUUUAUAAUAAUUGAACAAACAGGUUUAUAUGCACUACCUGUAACAUUACUUUCUAAAAAAAUACACUUUUCUGCGCA